UCGCCGCGCCAGUCUCCGCGGUGCGCAGGCGCGGAGGUUUCUCCUUGUCAGUCGGCGCCGCGUGCGGGCUAGUGGCUCUGUGGCGGCGGCGGCGGCGGAGGCGGCGGCUAGUCAUCGGCAUCAUGAACGACUUCAGCAGCGAGGAGCGCGCCGCGCCCUUCACCCUGGAGUACCGAGUCUUCCUCAAAAAUGAAAAAGGACAAUAUAUAUCUCCAUUUCAUGAUGUUCCAAUUUAUGCAGAUAAGGAUGUGUUCCACAUGGUAGUUGAAGUACCACGCUGGUCUAAUGCAAAAAUGGAGAUAGCUACAAAGGACCCUUUAAACCCAAUUAAACAAGAUGUGAAAAAAGGAAAACUCCGUUACGUUGCAAAUUUGUUCCCUUAUAAAGGAUAUAUCUGGAACUAUGGUGCCAUCCCCCAGACUUGGGAAGACCCAGGACACAAUGACAAACACACUGGCUGUUGUGGUGACAAUGACCCCAUUGAUGUGUGUGAAAUUGGAAGUAAGGUAUGUGCAAGAGGUGAAAUAAUUAGGGUGAAAGUUCUGGGCGUACUGGCUAUGAUCGAUGAAGGGGAAACUGACUGGAAAGUCAUUGCCAUUAAUGUGGAUGAUCCUGAUGCAGCCAAUUACAAUGGGAAGCCACACCUGUCAGAUUUUGCAAUUGAUAUUAUUAAAAGCACUCAUGACCAUUGGAGAGCAUUAGUGACAAAGAAAACUGAUGGAAAGGGAAUCAGUUGCAUGAAUACUACAGUGUCUGAGAGCCCCUUCAAGUGUGAUCCCGAUGCUGCCAAAGCUAUUGUGGAUGCUUUACCACCACCAUGCGAAUCUGCCUGCACGGUACCAACAGAUGUGGAUAAGUGGUUCCAUCACCAGAAAAACUAAUGAAUAUUCUGUGGAAUACAAGCUGAUGUUGCUGCAUCUUAUUCAUCUGGAGUAUUAGAUGCAAAAGUAGUAGCUUUUCAAAGCUUUAAAUUCAUAGAACUAAUCUAACUAAAGCAAAUUCUGCUGCGACCAGUAUAUCCAGAAUGUUCUGCAUCUAAAAGCAUUUUUCAUAUCUCAACUAAGGUAACUGUUAGUACAUGUUUCAAUAUCAAAGCAGUUGUUGUAAUUUGGAAAUCAUUUGUGAAUAAAUGUGCAAGACGACUGCAUGUUGGAUGUAUAUGUUUACCAUGUGUUAGAAAAUAAAAUUAUUUUGCUGAAACUUCA